AUGCCGGCGACGUUCGCGACCGGGCAGGGCGAGGGCCCGAAGGACCCCGGUCCGUGGGCGGACAAGGUCUUGGAGGUCAUGACGCUGCCGGUCCCGAAGAAGCCGUGCACGCUGUGCGAGUUUUGGUUCGCGGUCCCGUGCCUGACGGGCGUCGGGUCGUUCAAGUCCGUCCUCGCGAAGAAGGCGUCGUUCGGGGACAAGGCGGCGAGAGCGAAGCUGAACGACGAGCGCACGAGCGCGAGCCGGCUGUACAGCGGCGUCCCGCUGUGCUGCUUCUGCUCGCAGCUCGUCGUGCCGGACCCGGAGGAGGCGCGAUCGCCGAAGAGCGCGAAGAAGGGCAAGAGGACGAGCGAACCCGAGGUGACGCCGAGCAAAUUCCUCAUGUCGUUCCUUAACAAAGACGUCGACGACUGA